AAAUGAUAUAAUAAUGAGAAAUGUUAAAAUGACUAGAAGUAAAAGUGAACAAUGGUUAUAAAAUCAGAAAUUAAACACUAUCAAAGAAUAAGGUAAUCAGGUCUUACUUAAUUCUAAUUAAAGGGAUCAUUUUAUCAUUUAAAUGUCUAAAUCAGAUUAAUUAGGGGAGAUAAUAAAUUAUCAUUCUUAUUAGGAAGUAAGUCAAAACGAAGAAGCUAUAAAAGAAAGUCUAUCUGAGAAUUAAAAUAAGGAUUUAGAUUUAGCAAGGAAUUCUGUAUUAUAAAUAGUUGAGUAAGAAAGAGGAUAGAAUACAUAAGAUGCAAUCAAUAACAAUGAAGUUCAAAUUAAGAUGUAAAAUACACCAGAUGUUGCAAAUGAAAUACCAUAAGGGAAUGUGUAGGGAGAAUUAGCUCUAAUAAAUUUUGAUUAAAAUUCUAAUGAAGAUGACAAUAAUGAUAGAAUAGGUAAUAGUAAAAUAUAUAUAAAGAAUCACAACCAAAAAUAUUUUCUUUUUCAAUUUUUUCAUAAGAAUAGUUUAAUAAUAAUAUUAAUAAUAAUCAAUUAGAGGAAUAAUAAAUUCAAUAAUUUGAUUAAUAUACUAUGUGUCCUAUUUGUAGUUCAAAUUUUGAGAAAUUAGUUCAGCUUUUAGAAUGUGAACAUUAGUUUUGUUUGUAAUAAAUUAUUAUAUUAUAUUAAAGGAGUUGUUACAAAGAAUACUUAGAAGAUAAAAUUAAAAUUGCCAAAAUUAAUAAUAUAUUAUGUUUAUAAGAAGGUUGUAAAGUUAUAUUCUCAGAAGAUAUUAUUAAAUAAAUUGUUAAUGAAUAGAGAUUUCAAUAAUAUUUAGUUUUUAAGAGAAAGUAUGAAAUUGAAAAUGAUCCCAAUAAAAAAUGGUGUCCAGCAAUAGGUUGUGAUCGUUUCAUUGAAAAAGAUCCAAGUACUAAUAUAACCUAAUGUUAAUGUGGUUAAUUGAUUUGUUUUACUUGUGGUUAAAUUGCACAUUAAGGAAUAUAAUGUGAGGUUGUUUUUAAUAAAAUAUAAUUAGGAUGCUAUUUAAUAUGAUUUUAAAUAAGCCUUAACAAAAUAUUCAAUUAAAUAUUGUCCUAAAUGUAAAUCACAUAUUUAAAAAAAUGCUGGUUGUAAUCAUAUGACUUGUGCUUGUUCAUUUGAAUUUUGUUGGAUUUGUUCAUAGCCAUAUCAUCCAAAUCAUUAUAAAUAUUGGUCAAUAUGGGGAUGUGCAAGUAAAAUUAUGUUAUUUAAAAAUAGUUUGGUCAAAUGGUCGUUUUAAAACAUCAAAGAUAGUUGAUAAUCCUGAUAAAAUGAGGAAAAUUUACUUUGCUCCUCGUCUUGUUCUUUUUAUUCUUAGAGGUCCUCUUUUAAUAAUUAAAUUGAUUUUGAAAGCUGUUUGUAAAUCAAUAGUUAAGCCUUUUGUAGGACUAAACAAGAAAUUGUAUUAAUCAAAAAAGCCAAAAUUUUGGUAUUUGAAUAUUCAAUAUUAGUCUAUCCAAAUGCAUUUAUUUUCUUUUAGCAGAAUUAGUGAUCUUGUUAAUAAUAAUAUUAAUCUUUCCUUUUUAAUUUGUAUUCUAUCGACUUGGCAAAGAAAUAUCAAAGUUUACAAGUAAAGGGUGUGCUUAUUGA